UUUCUUUGGUCUUCCAUGGCGGACCUUCACCUCUCUGAGGAAGACGACGAUGGAGAAGUGGUAGACGACGUUGAAACCCUCGACUCUUCCUCCAUCCCUUACUGGUCCAAUGACUUCGAUCAUGACGACUUCUACACCUCCGAUUCCGACCUAUUCUUUCAUCAGCUCUCCGAAUUCGUACACUCGGAUCACUCCGUUCAUUCUCCGAUUCUUACCGACGACGAUGGAGACGACGACAUUCAUGAGCUGCAUCAAUCUUGCCUUCAGAUUGCAGACGCUGAUGGGUCCGACUCUGAUUCCGUCACCGACGACGAAGAUCAGGUAAACUUUGUUAUGGAUUUGUUUGAACGACGAUGCGUACAGCAAUCGCAUGUUACUGAUAGCAGUAAUGGUUCUGCAUCGGACCCGUUUUCCGAAACUCAUAUAAAUGAAUCGAGUUUUGGGGUUCUUGAGGCUGGGAAUCGUGAUAUGAACACCGAUUACGUGGAGCUAGGGUUAGGGUUGGGUUUCACUGCACAUGGUGAGGAGGAUCAGAAUGGUGGCUUUAUGAUUGCUGGGUGCGGGGGUGAGUUCUUUGUGGGAAGACGGGGUUCUGUCUCUGAAUCUGGUGAGUCUUCCACGGUUCAUGCUGCGGAACCGUUCGUGGAAGGCCUCCGAGUUGUUGGAAUUGGAUCCGAUUCUGAUGAGGAGGAGGUGGGAAGGUUGGGGAUUGAUGUGCAUUCUGGUUAUGACGACGAGCUGGAUCGGGCACGGGACGAUCUGGGCCUUACUCUUUGUUGGGAUUGUCUCCGUUUGGAGGAUCAGAGGGAUACAAACGAAGAUUUUGAGUGGGAGGAAGUCAACGAAAGGGUUGAUGAGAGGGAGGUUCUAAGCAUGGUCAUCGAUGCUGAUGAGGAGAGAUCGGUUUCCACGGAUAUCCGAUCGGAAGAAGAAUCAGGUGAAGCUGGGGAAGAAAGCAUUAGAAAUCUGGAGUGGGAAGUUCUUUUGGCCGUCAACAAUAUGGAAAGGAACACAGAAUUGGAGCAUGAGAUUGAAUCCUAUCAUGAUACCGAAUCCUUUCUUGCUGAUGAGUACAUUUACACAGCAGAGUAUGAGAUGCUUUUUGGGCAAUUCACAGAGACCGAAAGUGCACUGAAAGGAGGUCCCCCAGCUGCCAAAUCAGUUGUCGAAAGUCUGGCAUCGAUCUUCUUAACUCAAGAUGAUGUAAAGAACAGUAAUAUCCUUUGUGCUGUUUGUAAGGAUGAGAUCUCCACAGAGGAAGAAGCCAAACGGCUUCCUUGUUCCCACCACUACCAUGGGGAUUGCAUUAUUCCAUGGCUCAACAUCCGGAAUACAUGCCCUGUUUGUAGGUUUGAGUUACCUACAGAUGAUCCUGACUAUGAACAAAGGAGAACCCGAAGGGCUGGUCGUCGCCUAGAGAUGGAUUCUCAGGUCAGACACGGUUUUGAAAUAUUUCCUGAGCAGUAGUAUGUGCAAAUGUAGAUACGGUCUUUGGGACAGGGUCCUUAUUUUUCCUUGCUGUUGUCUAUGUUUAUUAUGAUUGAUGUUAUAGUACUCUGCUAUUUUAGUUUGUAAUUUUAGAAUCCUUUUUUAUAUAAAUAA